CACAUGGGCACCAGACCACCCGCUUCACAAAGCAGAAAGUAAAGAGUGAAGUGCUCCGUUUAUCAGAGGCACUCCGCUUAUGUGUCCGUCGGAGGAUUGCGGGUCACAGGGAGCGGAGACUAAAGAGAUUUAAGCACUUCGGACAGCACCACGUCGCCGCCAAACUGAUCACUGACAACUCCGGGCGAAACACAGUUCGCCACCAAGAGUUUCCUAGGGACAGUUGGCUCUCCAACUUCCAUAUAGCGAUAUUAGCACAGAUUUAUACAGGGAUAUACUGGACACGUUUCGGGAUCGAUGUGGCGAGAGCGCAGGGGCGGAUACGUGCUGCUUUCCGAUCGGUGAGCCAGCCGAUCCGUUCUCCCUUUCGCUACACACCGAGGAAGGAUGCCGGAGAGAGGAUGUGUACCAGCCGGAAGAUCAUCUGGAGUCUGCUGGUGCUCUCCGUGGUGGAGAUAGGGCUCGGCGUGGGCAGCAUCGCGCUAGGCGCGGUGGGCAUCAGCCGGGUGAAAGCGGAGCACAAGGCGCAGCAAGGAGACGCGUCCCCGGUGUGGAGCGGGGUGUGUUUUCUCAUCUGCGGACUCUGCGGGGUACAUUGUGCCAAGAAAAGGACGGGACUCGUCAUGAUAUUAUUUUCAGCCUGCUGCAUCUGUGGGCUGAUUGGGGGGAUCCUGAAUUUCCAGUUUGUGCGGGCGCUGGUCAAGCGGCCCGACACGCUGCGGCCACUGCACCUGGCCGCCCUGAGUCUGGCCUGCUUGGGGAUUAGCACCUGCACCUUGUCCACAUGGCUCACCUGCCGCCUGGCCAGCAGUGAGCAGCAGAGGAUGUUCCUGGAGCGCGAGCACUCGCUGCACCACUCCCACGAGAUGACUGACAAGGAGAUACUGGACAACUCCAGCAAUGGGAUCCCCCAGAUUUCUUACAACGGCAGGACGUCACCUCCGUGAUCUGGGGAUCCGUGAAGCGGCCUCCUACUUUUGGCAAAGACAGAGAGAAACGACCCGAACAUGUGGUCGUUCGGUCAAAGCAGGCAGGUGACAGACAGCUGCUUCGGAAUGGGCAGGGCUCACCGGCCGGACUGGAGGGAUUUGACAGCCAGAAAGCCACUGAGUAGAAGCUAGACCAGGCUUCAGAGUCCAGCACGCUAUCUCUCAGACUCUGGCGGGAACACUAUCGAUCUCCCCGCAGUCUGGCUAAACGGAUGGGAAGUCCAGCCUCAAACGUUUAUACCGCUAAGCACGAAACAAGCAUGCGUGUACUUCAGUUCAUAGCCGGUGGCUCCUGUUUUAUUUUCCCUCAGUAUCUCAUUGUCUCAUUCUGAGAUUCUUCUUCCUGAGAUGGUGAUUCUGAUUUUGCCACCUUCGUAUCAUGGCUGAUUCCUGAAUGCUUCAACUACUCUGCACAGUAAUGUGAUGCCUGAAUUACUCAUGCUUGUACAUAUGGGGUAUAUCGUUUAUGAAUUUACAUUAUUUUUGUAUAAAGGCUUCUUACGGAAAUAAAGACCGAAAAGCCUUAA